UUCUACGUUGCUGACUCUUACCCAUCCAUCAUCACUACUACCGCGGACUUUCCCUGCCUGCUGCUUGAGCUAUGUUCAAAGCAGUGUCAACAGAGACCGUAUCAGCAGGAAGCGUGAAUCUGAGCCCCCGCCCUACACAAGUGACGGGUGUUUUAAAGAUCACCACGUUGGUGGUACAAAACCCGGCAGCGGGGAUGACACAAGCACCCAAGAGCCCUCGAUUUGGAUGUUGACAUUGAUCGUCACAAAACUUCUCUUCAACCUUGCGAUGCUUGUCCCUCUCUGAUUCCGCGUGACCUCAGCGAAGCCCGUCAUUACUCUUUGCUUCAUCGAUCCAGGCCACUCGUUCUUUGCUCCCUCGUCCGAAGAUAUCCUUCCGUCGACAUGGUCGAGGCGACAACGAUGCCGCCUCUGGCGUUAGUGUCGUCACCUGGUCAGUCGGACGAAAUACCUGCUGAAGCCGAAGUCGUCGCAUUCGAACUUGGUGGACGGAUUCUGAAUGAUCAUUACACCUCGACUCGGUAUGGUCAACGUCGUCUCCAACAUCUCUCAAGACACCCUGAUUACAGGAAUGCUCUCAACAUUCACUUCAAAGUAUAUCGAGAUAUCGAACAAGUUUUUGACCAACACGGCCAUCACAAACUCUCCGUACAGAGCGUGAGGAGGCUUGAAUUGAGCUCUCAGAUUACGCCACUCACGCCAUUUCCCACAACAAGGAACACAGAGACCAUCGACAGCUAUGCUAGCUAUCCGCCAAUUGAGUGGAAGCCUGGUAUGCCAGAGAAUUGGCAGGAUUGGCAGAAAUCCUCAAUCGAGCCACCAGCAACAGAUCCGGUCCACGACGCUUCAUGCGAUUGCAAGGCGAAAUCGCCGGCACUGGGCUCGUGCCUGGAAAAGCCGAGCCGUUCGGAUGAUGCAGACGUGGUACAAAAUGAUACGUAUUACAGUGAUGCGUGCGAUUACCAAGGUGGCAAGAAAGCGGUCGACGCAGUGGCAGAUAAGGCUUUAUUACCAGGAUCACCGACCUCGCGAGCACCACGAUCGCGAUUGAAAAGACUCAUUUCGUCCUCGACAACAGCUUCGCACAUGAACGAACUACAUAUGCAUACAGUAUUUACACAUGCUUCAUCCCUUUGUAAUCGGCCACUACGGACUGAAGUCAAGAGCUAUCGCAGAUCUCGAAGACUCUCCUGCAAUGUGGAGCCUCGGCAGGGCCAACGAAACAUUUCACAACGACAGAAAAAAUCGCGACAACGAUUAAAGCUCCCUGCCAGUGUCCUCAAGCAGCCUUGUCCACUAGGAAAGCAGAAAAAGACUUCCAUGAAGGAUUUAAAGUGUGCAAUUCCGAAAGCAGGAGAGCCAUCCGAUGUGAAAAAAGAUAUCAAGACCGUAAAAAAGCAUGUCGCAUUUUCUUUGUCUCGCGUCGACUCCCCACCCGAGAAGGUAACUCUGCCAGCAGCUGUUCAUUCCCUUAAUCGAAUGUCCCCAGGAAGGCCAAAAGCCGAAUCUCCUACCCACAACACAGAGAACUCUGUCAGCAAACAGAGUAAACUACACGAAAGAGAGGAAAUGAAGAAAUUUCAUUCGUCGCAUCAGGAGAAAUUACGCCUCAACCGCUUAGCAAAAGCUCUCGAAUGGACUAAAGGAAGAGUCAAGCCUGAGCCUGAGUUGCAACUACAGUUUCUGCCCACAAUUUCCCAGGAAUUUGGAAACCUUUCGACCUCGGGUCAGUCCGUUGAGCUUCAAUCUGCCGGCGAUGGUCUCAGCCAUUCAGAAAAAGCUGUACCUGGUCACACGGAAGCGGAUAGUCGAUUGCCGGCCAAGAUAUACCGAUCAACAGACGCCGCGAAAGCUGAGGCUCGAGCUUCAUACAUCGAUGCAGUGGCCACUGGUACGCGUCUUCCAAGGAGCCGGCAAGAUGCUAUUGCUGCCUCGGCAAGACGUCACGAGUUAUUGAUUUCUCAGCACACGAGACCGUCUGAGGAGAAUACACAGCAUUUCCGUCGAUUGUCAGCUCGUCAUCAACAGCAGACCUCCGAGAACGAAGACUACUCCCGUCAUCCUGACCUUCUGCCGGAAUUCUUUUCGUCCGCAAAUUUCAAGCCACGUGAACUCAAAUCUUCCGGCGCCGUCCGCUGCGCAUGUGGUGCCGUUACCGACGACUCUUCAUGCUUUCCGACUGCCACCGCAUCAUGCGCUACUCAAACCAAAGCAGACAUCGUCUGGAUCGCAUGCGAAACGCCCUCAUGUGGAGUCUGGCAGCACGUCGAUUGUAUGGGCGCCGCUGUACCGUGGGUCGCUCGAAGCGGAUCACGCACACGUCCGACAAGACAGGCGGCACGCGAAGAAGCAGACGGUGGCGACAAUCUUUCGGCGUGGACGAGACGACUGGAUCCUGACAUCAAGUACUUUUGUCAUGUCUGUGAUCCUUGGGCUCAUCGACACUUAUUGGCGGAGAUGCGUAAGGCAAGGCCGAUUGUGUCCGCAGAAGGGAAUGCGGAUCUGUGAUUUCUGAUUGUCACUUACAAGUCUGACGCAAAGCGCGACCGCGAGGCAAUCGGGUGGAGUGUGUGUAUUUUUGUAUCGUUCAUCGCUGGAGGCAGUUCCUCCUAGCGACAGAGCGGUCAUGGAUCAUCGUAGGAUUCAGGGAAAGGCAGAGGUGUAGUUCAACGGAUGUGAAUUAUGAUGUUUAUUAAAUUUGACGUUAGCUCGUGUGGUGUCGAUCGAUUCAACGCGAGACGAGAUCGAACAUCCCUGAUCCCCAGAUGU